CGCCUGUGUCUCUAGUGGUGGCGCCUGCUUCUGCGGAGACUGCGGCUUCUGUUUGAUUGUUUUUCCUCUCCUCCUCCAUCCCUUCCUUCCACAUCCCACAGCUUAGUGUAGCAAACUUUCCAUUGGAGGAUUGUGGAGACCAACUAGGUUGACAUGGAAAACCGAGAAUCAACAGAUUCUUCUCAGAACGGCAAACAGCACAUCAUUUCAGAGGAGUUGAUUUCAGAAGGCAAAUGGGUCAAAUUUGAAAAAACAACUUACAUGGAUCCUACUGGUAAAACUAGAACUUGGGAAACAGUGAAACUUACAACCAGGAAAGGACAAUCUGCUGAUGUCGUGUCAAUCAUCCCAGUGCUGCAGAGAACUCUUCAUUAUGAGUGUAUUGUUCUGGUGAAGCAGUUCCGACCCCCAAUGGGUGGCUAUUGCCUGGAGUUUCCAGCAGGGCUCAUUGACGAUGGGGAAAGCCCAGAAGCAGCCGCUCUUCGGGAGCUGGAGGAAGAAACUGGCUACAAAGGUGAUGUUGCUGAAUGUUCUCCAGCUGUGUGUAUGGAUCCCGGCUUAUCAAACUGUACCACACAUGUUGUGACAGUAACCAUCAAUGGAGAUGAUGCAGAAAAUGUAAGGCCGAAACCCAAACCAGGGGAUGGAGAAUUUGUGGAAGUGAUUUGUUUACCAAAGAAUGACCUACUGACUAGACUUGACGCUUUGGUAGCAGAAGAACAUCUUACAGUGGACGCCAGGGUCUACGCCUAUGCUCUGGCACUGAAACAUGCGAACUGGAAGCCAUUCGAAGUGCCCUUCCUCAAAUUUUAACGCCAAGGAGGACACUGGCCAUGUUUUAUAAAUGAGACCAUAAGGCCUUCACUAUUCAAUGUAUUCAAUUAAGUUUAAUGUAGAUUGGAAAUCAGUUUUUUUCAUAAAAUAAAAUCAGCAGAUUGACUUCGGUAUGGAAUUAUAAUUACAGAGAGGAUGUAACCUUCAUUUAAACGUGCUAAAUGCUCAUGAAAAAUAACAUACAUGUAGGUAGGUAACAUUUUUUUAAACCUUACAUAGUCUAGAAGGUGACAGACUAUGUAAGUCUGUCAGGAACAGACUUAAGCUCCAAAUUAGAUCAGCUAUUUCCACCCUCAACUCCUAAAAUAAAAAUUAUGUACUUAGGUCUGCAAAUAGCUAUUUAUUAGGUUCAUGUUUCAAAAUAAGAGGGUUAGGAUUUUGUUUUGUUGUGGCAAGAUCUCACUGUGUAGUCCUGGUACUUGGCUUUUGUGAACAGUCUGCCUUUGAGCUCCCAGUCGCCUGCCUCUGCCUCUCCAAGUACUGGGAUUAAAGGUGUACACUACUACACAUGGCCAAAAAAAAAGUUUUAAAACAUAGACUCUGAUAGGGACUUAAUUGGCUUCUCUUAACUCUAAUUGAUUUGCUAUGUGGAAUUUAUUUGUAUAGUAGAUGUAAAAUCAACAGAGAGUAACAUUUGUAGUAAAUAUUUAGCUACUUGUGGUACAUGCUUGUAUAAUCCACAUUCUUAGGCUGAGGCAGGGAGAUCAUAAAUGUGCCCACCCUGGGCUGCAUAAUGAAACAUCAUCUCAAAAAUAAUUUUUAAAAUGUUUUUAAUAUCCUUAUAAGGCCAUUUAAUUCCUAAAAGCAUACCAAGACUAAUGCUUCAGUAGUGAACAUAGUUGUUAAUAUAUUAAAGCUAAGCAAAGACACUGAAAACUCAGGGCCCUUCCAUCAAAUGUGCACAUACUUAAUUCCCUAUCUUUAUCUCAGAAAAUUAUUUUGUUUUCUAAGGCUAAGUCCAUAGUAAAAAGAUUGGCAUGGAUUCUGUGUGUAUGGAUGUCAAGUCAUGGGUAUAGGUGGAUAUAUUAGCCAACUAUCUGAAACCUAAAACUGUACUGGAAAUGCAACAGUGGUUGAGUGCAUGCCAUACUUAAGUUCAUCACCCAGGACUUCUGCCAGUGUUCUGAUCACUGCCUUGUUCUGAUGAGCUCAGCUAUUGUGUUGAUUACUAUAGCUUUCUACAGUUCCAGGGUUGUCGUCUUGCAGUUCAUCCACUUGAAACACUCAGCAUGAUGCUUGCUGGCCAGCUCAGUAUGUUUGCAGCUGGAUCCAGGUUCAAGGCAGAUUCCUCGGAACCUUAUAAAAGCAGUUUUCCCAUGUACAGUCAGGAUCAAUGCUAAGUGUUAUCACCAAUGGGUAUUUUUAAUCAACAAAAAUGUAAGCUCUUUAUACAAAAAUGUUUAUAUUGUUCUUAAAGAUGGAAAUAAUUCUGGAACUUUAUAGACCAAAUCUGCUUUCCUAAUGAAUGUGAAAAUUAAGAUCCAUUUUUUUUUAUGCUACAGUAGCCUUUCCUGUGAUUCUAACCACUACCACCACCCCCCCCAAAAAAAAAAAAACUUUUGUAAUCAUGGGCAUAUUUCUCCAAAGAUACUAUUUUUUCUCAUGAGUCCCCAGGAUCUCUAUUUCCCCAUCCUUUGAAAUGAAGACAGAGGCUCCCUAUAUUCAUCUUCUCCACAGAGCAACUCUAGAGCCAAGUGCCAUUGGAAUGGCCUUUGGUACUGGCCAGGCCACAAGAUUUGUCCCAUUCUCCCUGGCCUGUGUCACUGAGCAGUGACAACUGUCUCCUAGACUUGUCCUUAGUGUCAUCUGUAUUACCUAUGCACCUCAGAGGGCCUGUUUCGGAGGCGAGCUCAGACUCAAAGAGCUAGCCAUUUGGGGGUAUCUCCACUCCCCACAAACUGUUUGCCUACACUUUUUAAGAAGCUGCCUUUUUUGCAUUCAUUUGUAAAACACAACCCCAGAGGUGUUUCCAGUGCCUGACCUUCACUCAUGUCUUGCCUCUGUAAAUUGUCUGAUUUCCUGAUCCAAGCUUAGUCCUACCUCCCAUUCCUACUACGGAAUCUCAUGACUGAAAACUGUAAUUGGACCAAAAACUAAAUUUGUUAAUUUUUUUUUUAAAUAAAUUUUGUACUCUAAAAAUACUAGAAUAUGCUUUGAGACACUUUGCCUGUCCCUUUCCAGUGUUACGGCACUUUAGGAACUUAGAAUUGAAGUAUGAUUGUAUUUAACUACUUUAAGCAUAUCUGGAUGGAUUCCAUACAAAUACACUGAACCUACAGAAAUAAUCUUAGAGAACACUUAAUACCACAUCUCUUUAUUUUUCCAACACAACAGCAACAGUUUUAUUAAAUAAAAGUUUAUUGUCUACUGUU